AUGUCUCCAUCCGCAUCGUUUCCUCCUGAAUCCACCGUGGAACAGACUUCAACUCUCUCAGAAGUCCGAAUCCCCCCUGAGAAAAAAGCACAUCUUCGCACCAUAUCUUUAUACGAACUCCAGGUUGGCUCUGCCUCAGAACAGAAGCUUCUACUCCAAACCUGUAUUCAAGAUGGGUUCUUCUAUCUAGAUCUCACACAUCCAAACACCUCCUCACUUCUAUCUUAUGUUGAUGCUACCUUCAAACUCUCGAAAGAAUUGUUCAAUUACUCCCCUGAAAUAAAGUCAUUGUUCGACGUGGAUAAAAUCUCUGGUCUAAAACUCAACGGCUAUAAACCCAAAGGUAGAAACGUUGUCGGCAAUGGCAAGGAUGGUAAGAAUGAUGGAUUCGAAAGCUGGGUGAUUCCUCGUAACGGAGUCCUCCAUCUGUCAAACGAGGCAUUUCCUCAUCCUCCAUUGGUUGCGGAUCAUCUCUCAACCCUUUAUGGCCUGUUUGAUGGCCUUGGUUCUGCAUCUCAUACUAUACUUAGCUCUCUCUCUGACUCGCUUCUGAUGCCUGCUGGUCAACGCUUUGAGGACUUUCAAGGGUUAAAUCGCCCAUCACCCGACAUUCUGCGCCUAUUGAAAUACCACCCCAACUCGAACACCGAUGUGAUCCCUCAGACACCUCACACCGACCUCGGCAGCCUGACUUUCGUGUUUUCAACGACCCCUGGUCUUCAGGUUCUCCCACCUGGUGUGAUGCAGAAGCCAGGUGCAUAUAGCGAGUCUGACUGGCUCUAUGUUGAGCCGAAACCUGGCCAUGCCAUUGUAAAUAUUGGUGACUGCAUCACUAUGAUGACCAAUGGUUUACUAAGAAGUGCUCUUCAUCGGGUCGGUCCUGUUACUGGUUGCGCAAUGCCUGAACGCUACAGUAUGGCAUACCUCAUGCGGCCUGAGGAUCAAACACUGCUGCGACCUCUAGAUAGCCCCCUCAUUCCCCGAUCUGCGUCAACUGAAGAAACUGCUGUUACUAGCGGGGCAUGGAUAAGCAAGAAAUUCAAGGCCCUUCGUGGUACAAAAGAUGCGGGUAAUUUUGAUCAGAUUCUUACUGGCGGGCGAGGUAUUUUGGUUUAG